AUGGAAAAGGGUCAGGCACCCAAUACAGACUUCCCAGCACCACCGUACCCCGGUCCCCCUUUGGACUACAAAGCUGGAGUCUCCCAACCAGCUGUUCAGCCUGUUGUUCAGCCUCCUGCAUACCGAUACAAUGCACAGCAACCUCAGGUUGUACAGCCAGUGAGUCAGGUGGUGGUGAUGCAGAGUCAUCUCCCAAAAGAUGUUCCUGGACAGAUGAAGUGUCCUCAUUGCCAAACCGAAGUUGUGACUAAAACGGAGUACAAAAUUGGGAUCCUCACCUGGUUAAUUUUUGGCGUAUUACUACUCGUAGGCUGCUGGCCUUGCUAUGUGAUCCCCUUCUUCGUCAAAGAAUGCAAGGAUGUGGAGCAUUCCUGCCCAACCUGUAACAGCGUAAUCCACAUCCACAAGCGCAUGUGA